CUGCAGACAGUCAAAAGAAGUUUACAUCAUAGAGGACCAUAAGGCGCAUUUCUUCACUAAUGCAAGGACAAGAGAACUAUUGGAAAUUCAACAUGAGGACAAGAAGUUAUCCUUCAGAUGCCAUGGUUACGUGACGAAUGCUAAUUACUCUCUGAAGAAAUGUAUAUUUCUUCUUUUUAUUAACCACCGACUGGUAGAUUCCUCCUCUCUACGUAAAGCUGUGGACACCAUCUACCAAGCUUAUCUCCCCAAAAACAUGCAUCCCUUUGCCUAUCUAAGUUUGGAAAUUGCUCCUCAGAAUGUAGAUGUUAACGUACACCCUACAAAACAUGAGGUUCAUUUUCUCCAUGAGGAGGCCAUCAUUGCCAGCAUUCAGUCAGCUGUAGAAACCAAGCUUCUGGGAGCAAACACGAGCAGGACUUACUAUACACAGGCAUUGCUACCAGGAGCACCUGUAUCCUUGGACAGUAAGGAGGAGGAUCCAAAUUCUUCUAAAUCUAGUGGUGGAACAGAGAAGACAUAUGCCCAUCACAUGGUCAGAACGGACAGCAGAGAACAGAAGCUGGACGCCUUUAUGAAACCAGUCAACCCCGGCGGUGCCACUGCCACCACAAGCACCACCACUGAAGAUGUCUCUAAAGGCACCACCCAAUCUGAAGACAACCAGAUGGAGACUUCACCCAGUGGUGAUGUAAUGGUAUUACCCAGUUGUGGUUCCCAGCAGAAGAGGAGGCCUGUCAAGCUCACCAGUGUUCUCACACUUCAGGAAGACAUCAAAGAAAAUAUGCAUAAAAAUUUGAGAGAGAUGUUCCAGUUCCACAAGUUUGUGGGGUGUGUCAAUGAAGAAUUCUCCUUGAUGCAGCAUCAGACCAAACUCUACCUGGUGAACACAACCAAACUCAGUCGUGAACUUUUCUACCAGUUGAUGAUAUUUGAUUUCGGAAACUUUGGAAUACUCCGACUUUCAGAGCCGGCCCCUAUAUACGACCUUGCUAUGCUUGCCCUUGACCUAGAAGAGAGCGGCUGGACGGAGGCGGACGGUCCAAAGCAUGACCUUGCUCAGUACAUCGUGGAUUUCUUAACGUCUAAAGCAGAGAUGUUGUCCGAUUACUUCUCUAUAGAGAUUGACCAGAAGGGAAAUCUCUGCACGCUGCCCCUCCUGCUUGAUAACUAUCUCCCCAACAUGGAGGGCCUCCCAAUGUUUGUACUCAGGCUGGCCACAGAGGUAAACUGGGACUCUGAGCGGGAGUGCUUUGAUACGUUCUGUAAGGAGACCAGUGAGUUUUACUGCUUCAAGUCCAGUUUAUUUCAGAGUCAGGAUAAAGAGCCUACUGAUUCACAG